AUGCUUGCCUUUUACUGGCUCUACGGCGCCGCGCUCGUCGCUUUCGGCUACGCCGUGUCGACGCUUUUCAGCACGUCUCGGGUGGCGGGCACGGCCAGCCAGCUGAUCUACGCCGUUUCGAUGGUGCCCGGGUUCCUCCUGCCCUUCACGCAGCCGCUGGGCGGCGCGGCCUGGUUCCUAGCUUGCCUGUCCCCCACCAGCGCCGCGUCGCUUUUUGCGGCCGCCCUCGUCAAUUGGGAGCGCGCCGCCCUGGGUGGGGCCCUAUGCAUCAGCUGGGCCACCCUGUGGCUGCCCAUCACCCAGGACUCCUCCUUCAGUGCGGGCCACGUGCUGCUGCUGCUAGCGGCGGACGUGCCCCUCUACGCGGCGCUCACCUGGUACCUGGAUAAGGUGGUACGGCUGGUGCUGGUGCUGCCGCUGCUGCUAGGUCAGAUGGCGGCGGUGCUGGUGGUGGCAAUACAUGUCCCGCUGCUGCUUGCAGUGCUCAGGUGGCAGCCUGUGGUCAUGCCUCGCACCUACGGCCAGCGCCUGCCGCCCUGGUUCCCCCUCGUCCCCUCCUACUGGAUCUCGCGCGGCGACAGCAGCAGGGACAGCAUUACCACCACCCCGGCCGGCGCCGCCACUCUAACCGCUUCGGACAUCCUACGCGAAACCAGCGCGGCCGUCUCAGUCCGUGGUUUGACCAAGGUCUUCCCCGCGGCCCCCGGGGGCGGCGCGGCCGUGCGGGCGCUGGACGGUCUGUCGUUCGACGUGCGGCGCGGCACAGUGACGGCGCUGCUGGGGCACAACGGGGCCGGCAAGACGACGGCGAUCCACAUCUUGACUGGCAUGCUGCAGCCGAGCGGCGGCUCCGCCGCGGUGGAGGGUCUUGACGUGGCGACCUCCAUGGCAGCCAUCCGCCGUUCCCUGGGCGUCUGCCCCCAAUUCGACAUCCUCUGGCCGCGGCUGACCGUGGCGGAGCACCUGACCACGUAUUGGGCGCUCAAGGGGGGCGGCGGGGACGGCGGGGGCGCGGCGGGGGCGCGGGCGGCGGUCGCGGCGGCUGCGGCGGAGGUCGGCCUGUCAGAAAAGCUGGACACCCCAGCAGGGCAGCUGUCUGGCGGGCAGCGCCGGAAGCUGUCUGUUGCCAUCGCCUUCCUGCGCUACCCCAAGGCACGCACAGCCGCGACGGCGGCGGCGGCACGUGGUGCUGCCUCGCAGACUCACAAACCAUGUCCCUCGCGCCCUGGCUUGCUUGUCCUGCUGCCGGCGUGA